AUGAUCAAACGAAAUAGCAGGGGAAAAACGGGGCCAAUCUCCGGCAGGCCCUCGUGGAUGCGCGUCUCGUCGCCAGCAGUCAAUCGGAAGGGAGACCCAGCAAUCGCAGACGACCUAGGAAACACCUUCGAUCGCAAGGAGGGACGGAGAGGAGCACCUCUAGUGCUUGACUGGAUCGACGAUGGUGAAUGGAAGCAGCAGCAUUUGCCGAUCCCUUGGAGACUACCACCUGAUUGUUUUGUUUGGAUAAAGAAUAAGGAAAAUGAAAGCAGAUGGGUGGAUCGGUGGGAGCAAGGGAGAGACAAAGGUGGUGACAGGGGGCUCCGGUCGUUUUGCUCGAUAAUAACAGGAUUGAUUCUUGACUGGAGUUGAUGAACUCAUAAGGGAUGUUUGGGUGUGGUUCUCGGCAGUGAAGACAGAGAGGAGUUGUGAGGGUGGUGAUUGGUGGUCUCCAGGCUCCACUGGUGGUCAUAGCAACAACCACAGAGGUGAUGAUUAGUUAUCGGAACAGGAGGAGCACAAUCGGGGUUGUGAAGUCGAUUGGAAGGAAGAAGAGAAACAAGAGUGUUGCUGCUCUUUUGGUUUCACUGGAAUAGCUCCUCCGAUGGAGGACUUUGACAAACAAUUAAAGAAGAAAAAGGGAGAGAGAUGGAUCGAAAGUUUGAGUGUGUGGAAUGAAGAAAGAUUUCCAGCUACAUUCUGAUUAUCUUCCACUGAUUUUAGAUUUUGGGAAGACUUUGGUUGAUUUCUUUGUACUUCCAAAUCUAUUAGUAUCGUAUGUGAUUAUUUGUGUGAGUGUGAAUCUUGUAUAGCUUCCUUUGUGUGAGUGUGUAUGUUGUAUAGCUUCCAAUUGAAGUAUUUAUAUAAAUUAUUGAAAUAGUCAAUGGCUGACUUGGCUAUAUAUUUCUUUUUACAAUAAAACAUGUGC